AUGAUGGAGCCACAAAUGCUAGUUGGUCUUGGCGCUUUCGCAUUUGGAGCACUGAAUUUCUACAUGCGCCAACGACACAACAGGCAGGAGCUGGUUGAUGAGGGAAGGGAAGAUCGCCCAGCUGAUGAGGGAACCUCCACGUUCAACGUGGAUGACAGUCAAGCAGACUUCACGCAAAAUACUGAGGAGGCCAAAGGUGAGAAUUGA